AUGUCCCAUCUCCCGGCCGACCUCAACUUCUCCACCAUGGUCGCCUUCCUGUCUCCCUCCGCUCUCCCUUCAUCCUCCAUCUCUUCCACGUUCCUUCGCCCGCUCCCUCUCCCUCAUCCUCGACUACCCCCCCUGCGUGCCCGCCACGCCCCCCGUCCAGCCACCCUCUGCACGCACCGCGAUGUCGUAAUAAUCGGCGCCGGCCUAGCCGGUCUCUCAAUUGCCCACGAGCUCUCCCUCCGUGGCGCCUCCGUCACAAUUCUCUCCUCUCCGCGCCCUCCCGCCGGCCUAGCUGCCGCCGGUAUGCUAGCCCCUCUUAGCGAAACGCUCCCAGCCCCUCUCGACGCCCUAGCCGCCAACUCCCGCUCCCUCUACCCCGCCUUCACCACCGCCCUCCACCAUCUCACCGGAAUUGACCCGUGCUACGUGUCCUCUUCCGACUUCCUUCUUCCGCGUCUGCAUGGCGAGCACCUCGCCGAUCCCUCCUCCCUGCACUGGCUGCGCCGUGAUCAUCUCGCCGCCGUUGAGCCCUUGCUGGGGCCGAACGUCGUCGCCGCGAAGCGCGUCCCCUCCGAAGCCCACGUCGACAACCGCCGCCUCAUGGCCGCCUUACGCGCCGCCUGCGACAAGCUCGGCGUCGUCAUCAGGGACCGCGCCCCGGCCCGCCGCCUCGUCGUGUCGUCAGAUGCGUCGCGCGUCGACGGCGUCCUGACCAGCGAGGGAGACGUUGUCAAAGGGGGGCACUUCGUCCUUGCCGCGGGUGCCUGGUCACGCGAAUUGUUGCCUCCGCUGCCCGUCAAACCCGUCAAGGGGCAGAUGCUCGCCCUUCGCGCCCCGGAUGCCCAUGCAGAGGUCCUCCGCCAUGUGCUACACGGGAAGAAGGCGUAUAUUGUGCCGAAGGAUGAUGGCCGCACGUUUUUUGUCGGUGCCACCGUCGAGGACGGCCAGUACGAUCUCAAAAACACCGCGGGGGGUAUGGCUAAGCUGCUUGGCGCUGCCGUUGAGUACGUGCCGGCCAUGGCAGAGUAUGAGUUUAAGGAAGUGUGGAGCGGCCUCAGACCUGCCACGCCGGACCUGAUGCCUGUGUUGGGCAUGUCAGAAUUUGGGAACAUGAGCAUUGCCACUGGCUACUAUCGCAACGGCAUCUUGCUCGCGCCUGUUACCGCUAAGAUCGCGGCUUCUGUCGCCCUUGGGGAAAUGAACAAGCUCCCGGCCGAGCUUUUGGAUUUGGUUCCCCAUUUCUCGUUAGGCCGCUUUUUGGGCAUUGACUCGCAUGCAACUGUCCAAGCGCCGUCACCAGUAUCCCCUGCGCCUGCAGAAGUGAAAAUUCAUGCAAAGAGUGCAGUACCUCCAUCGACAGCGGGUCCAACUAUAGCGGAACAAAAAACUCAAUCGAAUCCCGCUGAUAUUUUGGUGUGGCGAGUACUUCCCGAUGGAACGCAAGAGCCUGUCAUGCCGGCAAACCUAGAGCAAUUCCACGAAGAAAUCACUCCGCCAGGAGAGCGCUCCAAUUCGACUCCAACAAACCCCGCUGAAGUUUUGGUGUGGCGCAUACUUCCAGAUGGAACAAAAGAACCUGUAAUGCCUGCAAAUUUAGAGCAAUCUCAAGAAGAAUUAGCCGCGCAAGGAGAGCACUCAAAUUCGACGCCAACGACUCUUGGCGCAGCUAACGUGCCUCAGGCGAGCCAAUCGACCGUGUCAAGAACGCAGGCGCAGCCUAGACAAGAGACUUCCCCCACAGAGCACAUGACAGCUUCCAAUGACGCGUACGAUGACAUCUUGCAGUACAAAGAUGAUGCUAAAAGGAUAAUGAAUGAAGCACUCGCUGCCAACAGAGCUUUUGGACGAGAGAAAAGCUCUCUUGAAAAGGAUGGUGGUCCAGUCCUUUCACUCAGCGAGAGCGAAAUGAGGGCGUUCGACAAAGCUCUCGAGCGAGGAUUGCAAGACUAUAGAGAGGUAGAGAGCUGUUUUGAUGAGAAUCACCCAAGCGCUAUCGCGACAAGGGCAGAAGCCAUGUGGGAUUCUAAAGCACAAGGUAACAACAGAGAUGGAAAUAGUGGAAGUUCGUCGACCAGGCUACAUGUGCAAGGCAGCAACACGAGCGGCAAGGCAGGCAAGUCCGAUGGCUAUUAUUGA